CUAUUUCUAAAUCAACUUUCCUAACAUAUCACACCUGAUGUCAGAGAAUGAGCUAGCUGCAAGUAAACCAAUUGUGCUCCCACUAAUAGAUUCAGCUAAUCCCGAAGUUCUAAUUUUCAACACUACCGCUAUAAGACGAUUACGAGAUGAGUAUGGUAUUCUAGGAGUCUUAAUAGGAACACUUGCCCAGUAUCCCCAGCAAAAUGUGUUCCUCUCUGUUCCUUUGAAGUUGAUGGUUUGGGAAGUCAUAUGGCUAUUUGAACAAGAUGUAUGUGUGCUUGUGGACUGGCUCAAAUAUUGUAAUUUAAAGAAAGAUGCGAUGAAUGGAGACUACAAGAAUAAGAACUUGAUUUCCCUCGAUAAGAAAAAGGCCGAUACUAAACCUGACUUUUUGAUCACCACGAAUGACUAUGGAGAGGAGGAUGAUUGGGAAUUAAUCGACCAAUGCAAGGUGACCUUGCAAUCUUAUAUUGAUAAAUAUUUGAGUUCUCCAAACUGCAAAACUACUAUUCCACAACUUAUAUCCAAUUAUCACAAGUUCAAGCACUUGAAAAAUGAGGGAUACUUUAUAAGUCCUGGUUUAAAGUUUGGAGGAGACUUGGUUAUAUAUCCUGGCGACCCAUUGCGCUAUCAUUCAUAUUCCAUCAUCAAGUUUGAUUUCGUAGAUAUUAAUGAAAUCAUUGUGGGUGGCCGGUUGGCAACUGGUGUCAAAAAGAAUAUGAUUAUUAUGGAGUCCAGUCAUGCCAAAGAGCAAUCCUCUGUCGGUUUAGACGUUGCUAAUGAAUUGUUUUCCGAUCCUACAAUCACUGCUUACUCUAUUGAAUGGGCAGGCUUCGGUUAAAAAAAAAUUCCUUUCACUUUAAAACAUAUGUACUAUACACAAACAGAAAUAAUAAAAUUAGAAAUGCGUUUAACUAAUCACGACAGCGCAUUGCGCUGAAAUUGUGCUUAAUCCUCUUUUCUUGAACUUUGAAACUAUGGUCCACUUUGACUCCCUUGACAUAACGAUCCAAUUUAAACAAGGUCUUACUUAUCCAUUUUCUCACCCCCAGUUUUGCACGACAUCCACGGUGUUUAAAUGGCCAAUCUGGAAUAUUUUCUCUGAGACAACGUAAGAUGUUUCUAAUCAAAUGUCUCUGGUGUUCAACUUCUUCCAAAAGCACAUUCAUAAUUUUUUGUUCAACACUAACUUCUUGAUCAUCUAAGCUCUUGUCGAUAAAAUUUUCUGUUUCAUCUGAAACAAUGGUACCAUUUGCGGUAUCAACUACUCUCUUGUAAUUGUGAGCAAACUUUUGAGGACCAUAAGUAGCUUGCAACGUAGUUCUCAAACUACCAAAUCCAUGGUUACCCUUAGAGCUUAAUACAUAUGUCGAGGUACCAUUUUGUCCAAUUGUGGCAUUGAGAACUUUGUGUCCAUGGAAUGCAACAUCAACUGCCUUGGCUUGCACAAUCUUAACGUCAAAUUCCAACUCAAAUGAAUUGUCUGGCUGACUUUCACGUUUCUUUUCAUUCAAUGAAAGAACGAGAGGGUAGAGUUGGGUGACAUUAACUGAAUGAAUAGUAUUUGAAGGCAACUUAUGUUUAUGCCCGUGCUUACUGUCAUCAUCAACAUCAUUCACAUCAGAAAGUGGAAUAUCAUCGUUUUGAAUAAGCACGGACUUUUGAGAAGCACCCGAGUGAACCAAACGCUGAGUAUUUCCAUAAUGCAAAUAACUUUGGACAUUAUCGACUUUAGCCUGAGUGUAUGAACUAAUGGUAGUAUUCAAUGAUGUACCAUUCUUCAAGAUGAAGCUCAACUUACUAAUCAACUGCGCUUUAAAUGUAGAAGAAAUAAUCUGUUGAUAAGAAUGGGUGAAUGGAAUAGAUGCAGCAACCACAUGAGCCCUGCUGGAAUGGUCAAUAUUUUGCACUUCACCAUUGGCAUCAACAACAUGUUUACUUUGGAAUCCCAACAAAUUAGCAGUGGUAAUCCAAUUUGUGUUAACAUUAGCUGAAUCAUCGUGACCAGUUUCACCUAAACCAUUACUAAUCUCAAUCUCCAAAAAUUUCUCCUUGUCACUUUCCCACAACAAUGGUAACAAACCAGUAACAUCUACAUCAAUAGAAGGUACGUCGAAUGCAUCGAUUGAAACCACCGGUGACCACAAAGCAGGUGAUAUUCCACCAGUGAAAAUAACAGGUUGUGGAGUCUGGACAGCAAUCUUCUCACCAUUAAAAAAGACAUUCACAACACGAAUUGGUCCACGACCAAUGAAUUGAUUACCAUGGUCUUGGAAUUUAUCACGGUACUUAUCUAAAACAUUUGUAUACCAAAAUUCUUCAGCGGCAUUUCCAGAAGUGAAAAUGGAGAGAACAAGACGAGUGGUAUUCUUAGGUACACUUGGCAAGUUUACACGGAGCUUAUCAUUAGGAAUGUAAAGUACUGGUGGGACUUUGGAGUCUUCAUUGACGGUCAAUGGGUAGAUGGCAUCAGCUGGCUUUUUGAUAGAGAAUAAAUGACGUUCUUUUGCGAACUUUCUCCACUUUUUAUCUCCGUGGUGUGGUUUAUCCUUAAAAGCAAGCAUUUCAUUUGUAGCAUGCAUUGCGCGCAUACCAGACAUUGCGUGCAUACCAUACAUUCCGUGUUUCUUGAAUUCUUGGAGCUCAUCUCCUUCAUGCUUGCCGUGUUUGCCGUGUUUGCCGUGUUUGCCGUGCUUUCCAUGCUUAUAGUGUCUCUUUUGUUUAUCAUGCUCAUUAACGUUUUUGCCUUCUGUAAUUUCUACAUGUUUAGGUUUAUCUUCAUCACUGUCAUGGUCGUGGUCAUGAUCAUGGUCAUGGUCGUGGUCAUGGUCGUGGUCGUGGUCAUGGUCAUGAUCAUGGUCAUGAUCUCCUCUGUGUCUUCUCUUCCAUUUUUUACUCUUGUACAAAUCAACAGUGAACAAAAUCUUGAAUUCACCAGUCAAUCCAGGAGUUAAAAUGUUAUCCAAUUGGAACAUGACAUCUGCUUCAGACUUAAAUAAGUUCAAGUAGGUGGAG